AUGGCGCGGGCAGGCGCCCGCACUUUGUUCGCCCGCUCGCUCCGCGCCCUCGGCGUGCGUGGCCUGCUGCGCUUCCUGCCGCUGCGGCCGCCGCGGGCCGGGCCGGGCCGGGCCGGGCGGCGCUCCUCAGGGGCCGGCGGGCCGGCGUGGGCUCGGGCUCAUGGCCCCGCGCGGGGCGGGCUGCGUGCGUGCGUGGGGCCGCUGGCGGGCUCCCGGGUGCGCUGCACCGAUCGACACGGGACCCGAGGUUCGGGGCGCGCUGGGGCGUCUGUGUCCACGGGGCACCCCCGGGGAGCCGACCGACCGCGCACGGCCCGCGGGUGGCUCCCCGCCCGCCCACGUGCAGGCCGCCUCUCUCCCUUCCUCCCUCCCUCCGGCCGCCGCCAAGACCCGGAGCCGGAGCGCGCGCCCUGGCCGACCGGACGGUCCUGCCGGCCCUCGGGGCGCGCAGGCGGCUGGGCGGUGCAAAAGGCGCGGCCGACCCCACGCCGGCCUCCCCGGGCCUCUGGGAGGAGCCGCGCGGGCCCGGGCUCCCGGGGCUGCGCUGUCCCCGGGGCUGUCCCUCGGGGGCCGCGGGCACGGAGGGGGGGUCCCCUGCGCAAUCGCGGGCAGGGCCGCCGGGGAAGGACUUACUUGCCAGCGGAGCCGCGGCGCGUCUGCCUGAAGGAAGGGCCCUCGCGCCUCCCGGCUCCCCCGGGCCACCCAGGCCGCGCGCCUUCUGCCUCCUGCGCCCCGCGCCCAACCGAACCACCCCGGGCCCGGAUCCCCGCAUCUCCGGUCGACCCGCACGCCGUCCACCCACCGAGCUCGCGCGCACCUGCCCGCGAAGCCCCUGCCCCGGCUCUCCCCUGGCGGGACCCCGCGGCCGCCCCGCCCUGGCGCCUGGACCCAGCGGUUCCGAGCUCUGGGGUUGGGGGCUUCUGGACCGGACCUGGCGGGGUCACUGCCCCCCCGGGCCGGACGGGCACGCUCGUGUGCCAGCACGCAAAUGGAGACCCCGAGCCGGCACCUCCCGAGCGCGCGCUGCACUUGGGCACGCGGUGGAUCCCCUCCCUGCCCGGUGUCCGGGAAGCUGGGCACCCCCGGGUUCCCUCUUGUUCCCGCCGUGCGCCCCACGGACCUGGCCGGGCACCGGCUCCUGCUCGCCCACGCGCGUCCUCCUCCCAGGGAAGGGCGGGCUGCGCCACCGCCGUGCGCAGUGGCCCGGCGCGCCAAGGGGACACACACGGGACGCGCUGUCCACCCGGGAAGGGACUUGGGGUGGGGACGGGGGGCGGCGAGCAGGACCUGAGGUCGCCCCGUGGGUCCUGGCGCCUCCCACCGCUCCCGCCGGUCCGAGCCGGGCCGGACUCGGGCACCCCAGGCAGGUUAGGGACGGAGCGGCUGGCUUCCCGAGGCGGCCGCGAAAGCUCCCUUUGCUUCGGCCUCCGUCCGGCGUCGUUCGGUCCGUCCGCUCCCUCCCGCACAGUCCUGGGAGCCACCAGGGUCCGGGACGUCGGGGGCGUCGCGCGCACGCGUGGCACGAGAGCGCAGCCGAGGCGCCGCCAGCUCCAGCCCCCUCAGACGGCCGAGCGAGGCCGGACUCCGCGUCGGGGUCGUGGAUCGGGGCCGGGAGGAGCGGGUCUCGUGGACCGAACCUUCCCCCCCCCCCCGCACACCCAGUCAGCGACGGGAACUGGAUCACACACGACCCGCAUUUCUCCCGAGCAUCUCCAUGACACCCACGUUUAA